AGUACACGAACACUAAGUGACAUUACUAUAUUCCCAUUAAACAAAGGUUAUAACUUAUUACAAAUAUAUAUAUAGAUAUAUAUAUAAGCGUUUGUUUUAAACUUACCAAGAAUAAAGAUUGUGAAGUUGUCGUACGGUAUAAGUUUUUCGAGUGAAAAAAGAAUUAUAAUCCAUACAAAAUGUGACUGAGCAUGAGUGAACUAAUCCAUCAACGGAGAUUCUUACUACUGGUUGACUGUCUUGCUGAAAAAUUAAGCACUGCAUAUGAAGAGUUUGCAUCUUUAGAAGUUGACAAAUUCCAUUCAAAAGAAAGAGAGGUGCAGUUAUACCGAGGUUCUUUACUAAUAGAACUUAAUCCUCAAGAACAUCUAAAAAACUGCUGUUCUCAGAACUUGUAUUGCCUGCGAUCAGUUGAUGAUGACAUGAUCACUGUGACUUGCCUUUCUCCUGAGAUUGAAGAACUCACAUCCUUUGAAUCUGACAUUUUACUUCCAAUUAAUCCAGUCCAGGAAAGAACUAAAGUUUACUUCAACAAACAAUGGCUUGGAGAGGCCUCUAUUAUUUCUGUAGGUUCACUUGUCACUGUUAAUUUUAGUGAAGGAAAGGAGCCAGCAGUGGGGAUUGUUAGAUAUAAAGGCAUUGUAACUGAAAUUGGACAGGGAAUAAUGUUUGGUGUGGAGCUUUUGACACAUCAGGAUUGUGGAUAUUCUGAUGGAUCAGUGAAAGGUACAAGAUACUUUGACUGUCCACAUGAUAUUGCUGUUUUUGUUGCUAUCAAUUGUCUCAAACUAAUGUCACAUCAACAGGCUCAAAAGUACAGGCCUGCCACCAGGCAGAAGAAUUAUUCUCUCUUAUCUAUCAGUUCUACAGAGAGCCAAAAACUCUUGAGUAGGUCUGGAUCCAGACCCCUUCCUCUGGAGUCUGCCUGUAUUGAUGACACUUUGGCUCCUGAACUGAAGCUAGGAAUUCGUGUUGUGUGGAUGAGUGAUGAUGGACCAGAAUAUGGUUGUGUGAGGUGGUUAGGAAAACUCCCUGAUACAGGAAGUGACUGGAUGGCAGGGAUAGAGUUUGACAAUCCAGUUGGUACUGGAACUGGAAGAUAUAACAAUCGUCAGCUGUUUGUAACUAAGCUUAACCAUGCUUCAUUAGUGCCAGUCAUAGGACUUAUAAAAGCAGAGGAUUUUGAGGAAAACAGAACAGGUCCAACAAGUGAAGGCUUAUUAUAUACUCUAAGACCAUCACGUUCUCAAUCAGAUGAUAGCGUAGUGGCAACAACUAGAUAUUCUUCACAGUCAUCCAGUUAUGGCUUUCAUGCUACAAUGAUGUCAUCAUCAGAAAAACCUAAUGCACGUGUUUACUCUCCUGUUGAAAAGCCCAGAAAAAAAAGUGUCCCCCUAGCAGAUGAAAAGAACAAGCCCUUUGAUUCAUUGUUAAAGAUAAAAAACUUAGCCUGCCAAGUGAAAGACUCCACUGCUAAAAUUCACAAUAAAGAACAAACUAACAUUCCUUCUAGUGCUUUAGUUUCAAGUGGGAAGUCUGGUAAUAAAAUUAAACAUAAAACCAAGCUUGAGGAAAAUAAAGAUUUUUUACUGCCACCUAGAAGUUGUGAGCCACCAAAAAUCCCUGAGACAAAUACAUAUCGGGUCAUUUCUGUGUCACAACCAGUUGUAUUUGAGACUCCAUUCUCACAGCAGCAAGUUUGUUCACCGUAUAAACUGCCUCAAGAAAUGUUAGGGAUACCAUGUCAAGGGCAAAGGAUAGGAACUUCUAGAGAAAGCUAUAAUAUUUUGACAAAUACAUCUGGUAGGAAGAAGCAACUAACAGGAUUAAGAAAACAGUCAGUAGUAGAUAACCUGGAAGUUGGUUCUGUUGUGGAGGUACUUGUUGAUGGGUUUUCUCACUAUGGUGUCAUCCGAUGGAUUGGUCAGCUACCAGAAGACAUGAAUGUGACUGCUGGUGUUGAGAUGGAAGAAGAAAUCCAUAUUGGUACUGAUGGUAUGUGUAAUGGACAUCGAUACUUUCAUUGCCCACCACGAAAAGCUGUAUUUGUUCGACUCAGUCAAUGUAAAAGAGACAGCCGAUUUCUGGAUAUGGACAAAAGAAAAAGUGCAGUUUUUGGAAGUAUUGACUCUCCUUCUGUGAUGGGUGAUAUUCCUCCUCUUUCAAACCUUGAUGAGCUUCAGAUGAUGUGUGGAAAGUUUAAAGGAAUCCAAGGGCACCACAAUUCAUGUUACUUAGAUGCCACUCUCUUUGCCAUGUUUGCUUUUACCAGUGUCUUUGAUUCCUUGCUUCAUCGACCUGCAAGAUUCAAUGAUAUUGUUGAAUAUUCUCAUGUUCAAAGGGUUCUGAAAGAAUCAAUUGUUAAUCCAUUACGAAAGAAUAUGUAUGUUAGAGCAGACAGAGUAAUGCAGCUCAGAACUUUACUUGAUGAACUGGGGUCAAUUAGGGGACUGACAAGUGAAGAGAAAGAUCCUGAAGAGUUUUUGAACUCACUUCUCAACCAGAUAUUAAAAGCAGAGCCCUUCCUCAAACUCAGUUCAGGUCAAGACACAUACUUGUACCAGCUGUUUGUGGAGAAGGAUGAUAGAUUGAAACUACCAACUGUCCAGCAAUUAUUUGACCAAUCAUUCCUGGCAUCUGACAUCAAGCUACAAGAGGUUCCUCCAAGUUUGUUGAUACAAAUGCCAAGAUUUGGGAAGCAGUUCAAGAUGUACCCACGGAUUAUCCCCAGUCAGUAUCUUAACAUCUCUGAUGUGCUAGCAGAUUCUCCUCGACAGUGUAUCAUUUGUGGCCAAGUUGCUGAAUAUGAAUGUAAAGAAUGUUUUGGUCAGUUUGGAGAUGGACUUGAGAGUACUGCAUUUUGUCAGAGGUGUUUAGACAAAAGUCAUGGCCACCAGAAAAGAGCUCACCAUACAACAAACCAACUGUGUGUACCUCAAGAAUUCAGAAUGAUCAAGGAUCACACCCCCAUUCCAAAGAUAUUCAUGGAAUUAUUUGCAGUUGUUUGUAUCGAAACAAGUCACUAUGUGUGUUUUGUCAAGUGUGGCAGUGGUCCUGAUUCAUCUUGGUGUUUCUUUGACAGUAUGGCAGAUAGAAAAGGUGAGCAGAAUGGAUAUAACAUACCAGAAGUAAUUCCAUUUCCUGAGCUACACUGGUGGCUGUCAGAAGAAGGAAAGAAAUUCCUUCUCACUGCUAAGGAUGACAAAAUUUUGCCAGAUAUAGCUCGCCGUUUACUGUGUGAUGCUUACAUGUGUAUGUAUCAAAGCCCUGAUAUCAUGAUGUAUCGAUGAUAGAGUUGUACAUCUUGUGUACUAUGUGGUGUCUUUACCAGUGCUGAUAUCAUAACAUAACAAAGAAGGAAAAAGUGCACUGUGUUUGAUGUAGGUGUAUACCAGUCCUUAUUUCAUAAAUGAUGGUAUUGUAUUGUUUGUUUACAUUGAGAUGCCUAUACCAAAGUGCUGAUAUUAAGGAGAGAAAAAUAGUGUGCUUCAUUUGAUGUAUGGUGCUUAUAUGAGUAUAAGACAUUUUACUUAAAAUAUAAUGUGUACAAAACUGUACUGUAAAUAGGCUCUUUAUUUAUAUCCAACAGAAAUAAAUUAGUAUGUUUAUGUACACUAGAGCUCAGACAUAAUAUGGUUUUUUUGGUCAACCAUGGUGUUUAUUUGAAACUUUACCACUACUGAUAACUUGAUGCACCAAUGGCUUAUGAGUCCCACUUGUUUAUAUAAAACUCAUUACAUUAUUAAGUAAUGUAUAGAAUAUAUAACUGCACCUAAUUGUUCACAUUAUGGUUUAUUGAUGAUAGUUAAUACUUAAUGUAUACAUUUCUACUGCAGCUUUAACUUCAUGAUGUUUUCUGAUAAAAGAGCACUCUUUCACUAUCUAUGUACCACAGUCCUGUUGUCUUAAAGUACUGUGACAAGUGGAUACUCUUUGAAUACAUAGUGCAUAUAUAUGCAUAUCAUCAUGAAAUAUAGAAAGGUAUUCAUGUCCCAUGGUAACAAUACAAGUUGAGUGCCUUGACCAUACAGUUCCUUCUUCCCCAACUGAUUGAGUUCUUUAUGAUGGCCCUGAUUAUGGAAUAUUGUUCUACAGCAUAAUAUCCACUGCAGACGACUCUUACACAAUACACUGAGGUUACUGUUGUCCUACCUCUUCUUUACAUGCCUUCCAAAGUUCAUCAAAUAUGUGUGCAUAAUGACUUCUGAGCAACCAAAAAGCACAAAAGUCAAUGGGAGAUGUCUGGAAAUGAAAUAACAUGAAUUACUUUUGAUACUUGCAGAGGAACUGUCAUGUCGACUUGAAAAUUUGGCUGGAUGUUUUGUUAUUGCCAUCCAAUCCAUACAAACUUGGUAUUUCAGUGCAGUAUAGUAGUGUCAGCAUGUUAGCCUAGUAGUAAACAGUAUUCAUCAUCUUGGCCUUUUGUUUUGGCUCUCUGGAUGUUUAACCUAACCAUUAUAGCUGUAACCUGCAACCAUCAUAAAUACCUAUGAAAACUGUUCAUAACACACUCUUUACCAUUUUUUAAAUUUUGUAUCACUGGCAGGUCAAUAAUAAAUUUCUUAGAUAUUUGCAAACACAUACGUAGACACAUUUCACCCAUUGUGAUGACAUGUUUCCAUUUAACUAAAUGCUAAGGGAGAAGCUUAUGAGUUUGUGUUACAUUUGUACAUGUAAAUCUGUGAAUUAUUCAGUUUACAGUUUAAGGGAGGUUUUUUACUUUAGCAGCGAUGGACUGUUGUGUUUUGGAGUUAUUUCUGGAAACAAGUUAUCUUCACUAUCUCCAGUUUGUGUGAUUAGUUGCUGGUCAUAGAUUAGCCUAUUUCCAUACUGGUACCAUACCUUUUAUUACUUUAACCUUUAUGCUUUGAAAUUGUUAAUAUUAAAAUUUCAUGUCUUGUAUCCUUUAAUAGUUGUGGGAUAGGAAACUUCAUUUUGGAAAGCCCUGUCAUGGAACUUUCCUAGAAAGAGUCAAUUUUAAGUGCCAUCUGCAGUUCAAAUCACCAUGCUUCAACUGAAUUGCAAUAAGAUAGUCAGAGUUUAUACCCUGUGUAGUCACAGGCUGUGGAGAUAACCAGGGGCAAGUUGAUUGGAUAUAGUUUGAUUACUUAGUGCAUAUAUAUGUGUGUGUAUCAGUUCUAAUAUCUUAAAGUAAUAAAAGAGCACUCUUUGAUUAUGUGGUACAUGCAUGUGUAUAUCAGUCCUAAUAUCAUGAUCUAUUGUGACAAAUUAGCAGUCUUUCAUCAUGUGAUGCUUGCUAUGUGCACCAGUUCUGAUAUUGUGAGAUAUCGUGAUAGUAGAGCAAUCCUUGAAUAUGUAGUACAUACAUGUAUGUACCAAUCCUGAUACUGUGAUGUAAUAAACCAGCAUCCUUUGACUGUGUGCCAGUCCUGAUAUAAUGUAUUGUGAAAUUAAACAAUCUUUGAAUAUGUAUACCAAAGUCUUGACAUAACAGAUGUACUGAUAUUGCAAGAGAGCUCUUUGAUUGGGUUAUACGUGCAUAAAGUAGAUUUAUAAAGUUAUUGUGUAUUGGACAGAAGGUUACGGGUUAAUGCAUGGUGUGUGAUUUUCCUGAAACCAAAAUGUAAUUAGGAUAAACAAAUGCUUUCUUAUUAUUGUAGUUCCCAUUCAUAUUUAAAGUAGUCCUGAUGGUAGAAAAGUGGGAUCAUUAGGUAUGGAUGACAAUAAGGCUCCAAUUGAUUAUUGUAGUUCCUAUUUAUACUUAAAGUAGUCCUGGCAGUAAAAAAAAUAGUAGUGAAGUGGAAUCAUUUGGUAUUGAUAACAAGACAGCAUUUGAUAAGAGUAAUAUCUGCCAGAUUUUAGAUUAAACACUGCUAUUAGAUUAAUAUGGUAUGUACAUUGACAUAAUCAGGUAUUGAAGGAAAAGUACAUAGAGAAGUUUUUGAAUAUGUAGUACAUACAUGUGUGUACCAAUCCUGAUAUUGUGAUGUAAUAGACCAGCAUCCAUUGACUGUGUGCCAGUCCUAUUGUUAGGUAUUGUGAAACUGAGCAAUCUUGGAAUAUUUAGUACUUUAAUAUGUAUACCAAAGUCUUGACAUAAUAGAUGUACUGAUAUUGCAAGUGUUCAUUGAUUGGGUUAUACAUACAUAAGGUAGAUUUAUAAAGUUAUGGUGUAUUGGACAGAAGGUUACUGGUUAAUGCUUGGUGUGUAAGUGAUUUUCUUGAAACCAAAAUGUAAUUAGGAUAAUAAACAAAUGCUUUCUUGUUA